UCGGACGUUUUAGUCACCCACGCUUUACACAGUCACCCGAUCAGAAAGAACAGCAAUCAAGAAGAGGUGCUCCAUCAAUGAUUUUGUCUGCGGGGGUUGGUGAGAAGGUGGACUUGAGUGUGCUUUUUUUAUCUGUUUUUUUCCCCUCUUGUACAUUGGAUUUUUCCUCAUGAACAGAUGCAAUGACUGGAGAAAAGUUGGUGGUCUCAGGUGGUGAAGUUUAUCAAGAAAUAAUUUGCUCAUGAGUGUGAAUGGAAUAAAUCUUGGCGUUUUUCAUUGCAUUUAAUCAGAACAUUUUUUAUCUAUCUCGGUGUAUGUGCUACCAAUGGAUGCGUCUUUACUUUUAAAACUACAAAUUUAUAUUCAAAUAGUAAUUAUCUAAACAGUUUCAAUUUAAUUUUAUGAGUACGGUUCAAAAGAAAAAAAAGAAACCUGUCUAAAUUGUAAUCUAUAUCAUUUAAUCAGAUGAUAUGAUAUCGAUCAACUUUUAAUAAAAAUUACUGAAAACAACAAUCUAUGCAAUUUGUAACAAAAAAAUAUUUAAACUUGAAAGAAAAAAGAAACAAAAAAGAAUUAGGACUAUUAAAAAAAUACCAUAUAGAAAGGUUGAAGUAAAAAAAAAUAAUUAUAACCAUAGAAAAUCAAUGAUAUGUACACAAACGUAGGCACUUUUGUAGAGUGAACGUUCAAGUUCGAUGUUAAAAUGUAAUAAAUGAAAUAAGAAUGACCUAGAUGUAAUAUUAUUGCAAGAAUUUGUGGUAACUGCAUUAUGAUACAUCAUUCUGUCUUGUUAAUGCUAAUAAGGGGUUUACUCUUCUAAAAAGCAAAAUGAUGUUAUCAGCCAUCAGUCGCAGAUGGAAUGAAACUGCAAAGUCAACAGGCGCAAUAUUAGUAGUUACGUGUGCUCUUGUAAUAUUUCAAGUGAAGUGUGACAUCCAGCGACCAAGUUCCCGAGUGGUAUCUACUAAAUAUGGUUCUCUAAGAGGUGUUAUCGUUACUUUGUCAAAUCGUCAUCUGCAGCCUGUGGAGAAGUUCUUGGGUGUGCCCUAUGCGGGGGUGCCCAUUGGAUCUCUCCGAUUCAUGCCUCCCGUAACACCCCCUCAUUGGAAAGGGGUCAGGUUAGCCGAUCAUUUGAGUCCAGUAUGUCCACAAAAAUUACCGGACGUCUCCAACGAAACUGAAGCUCUCAAGAAAAUGCCAGCUGGACGAUUGGACUAUUUGAAAAGGUUGCUGCCUUUUCUGACCAAUCAGAGCGAAGACUGCCUCUACCUCAAUAUCUACAGUCCGGCCAACGUGGGUCGAGCAGAUCAGGCCAAGCUACCGGUUAUGGUAUACAUUCAUGGAGAAUCUUACAACUGGAAUUCUGGGAAUGCUUACGACGGUAGCGUCUUGGCUAGUUUCGGCAAUGUUGUUGUUGUCACAAUUAAUUACCGGCUUGGUCUACUAGGAUUUCUUCCUGCACUAGACGAAUCUUCGAGGGGCAACUAUGGCAUCAUGGAUCAGGUAGCAGCUCUUCACUGGAUUCAAGAAAACAUCCCGGAGUUUGGCGGUGAUCCCAAAAACGUGACUGUUUUUGGACAUGGACACGGAGCAGCUUUUGUCAACAUUCUGAUGCUUUCACCUUUAGCGAAGGGAUUGUUUCACAGAGCAAUUCUACAAAGUGGUUCAGCCUUGAGUCCUUGGGCCAUAGCAAGGGAUGCUUUGUCUUACACCAAACAAGUUGCGGCUUAUUUGAAAUGUCCGACAAAAGACAAUGCAGCACUCGUCGCCUGCUUGGGGAAAAGACCAGUGCAGGACAUCCUCAACGCCCCUCUACGGGUUCCAGAUCAUUUGACUGCAUUUGGGCCGACCAUCGAUGGUGUUGUCAUACCAGGCGAACCAGCAAUCUUGAUGGAAAAGCAGAACGAUCUUUUCUCCCAAUAUGACAUGCUACUGGGUGUCAGCAGAAUUGAAUAUUAUUUCAAAUUUUCUAGUCAAGAAGAUCGCAUGGGCAUUGAAGUGUCCAGAAGAGACAGACUGCUUCGUACCUUAGUAAGAAAUCUGUUCACUUAUCAUCUGCAGGAAAUAUUCUUGACCGUUGUCAACGAAUACACGGACUGGAGCAAACCUGAUCAACAUCCCAUAAAUGUCUUAGACUCUACUGCUGACGCCAUGGGUGAUGCUUUAGUCGUAGCUCCCCUCAUUCGGACUGGUGGUUAUCACUCAAAAAUACAACAAGCAAGCCAAAAAAGGACAUACCUUUAUGUGUUCAUGUACCAAACGGAAGAAAGCUUUUUUGCUCAGCGCAUGGGUUGCAUUCACGGUGAAGACUUGCCGUACGUUUUUGGUGCUCCAAUGGUGAAUUCUUUGUCACAUUUCCAAAGAAAUUUUUCGAAAUCGGAAAGUUCUUUAUCAGAAGCAGUAAUGACGUACUGGACGAAUUUCGUAAAGUACGGGGAUCCAAAUACCGUUGUGGAUGAGGAAGGAAAAAGUGGUGGAAAUGAACGAGGGCGUGGAAGAUAUGAGAAAAUGAACUGGCCAAUUUACGACAGUGUUCAUCAAAAGUACAUUGCAAUAGCUAUGAAACCACGUCUUCGCGAUCACUACCAUGCUCACCGAUUGUCAUUUUGGUUGAACCUCAUCCCAACUCUCCACCGGUCUGCAGCGUCUGAAACCACCAACCGCCAUCACCAACUUGAAGAUCAUGACAACCCUUUGACGUAUGAUGGGAUUUACAGACAACGUCCACUGCAUGAUCCAUCGCCAAUCACGUUCACGUCCACAACGACAUUCGCCACGUCUUCUCAGCAGAUCGUCGACCAGUUCACAGUAACCAGUGAAUUCCCCAGCUCAACAGAGGAUGGCAGCAUGACUGCCUCCACCACAUCCAACAAUACAGACUCUUUGGCAAUGAUAAUGCAACAGGGAGCUUAUUCAACUGCUCUAAGUGUUACCAUUGCGAUAGGAUGUUCAUUACUGAUCUUGAACAUUUUAAUAUUUGCUGGGGUGUAUUACCAAAGAGACAAGCACAGAACUGAAUGCAUGCAAAAACGGGAAUAUCAGCUUCAUCCAGAUGGAUUAAGCUGCAAUUCAACUCCUCAAUCCAAGCAAGCGCACUUGAUCAGUUCCCUACAGUCGCCAAUGGAUCAUCUACCACCGCCAUCUUUCAUGACUCUGACAACUUUGACCGAAGCCGGUACUCUUCCAUCGAAGAUGGCGCCACCGUCCUCUGUAUCACAGGAGGCUCAACAGCAUCCCGAAGCCCAACCACUGCUCUCCACGUCUUCUCGUUCAACUCCACCCCAUGGACACCACCUUCACCAUCACCAUCCCCAUUGGCCACCUACAAGUGGUGCGCCGAAUAUCUCAGUGGCCAGCCUGCAGCAGCAACAGCAGGAGAUGCGAGUGUGAACACUUCCGGGAAAAGAGAGAAGAAACAACAGUGUAGCAGAAUAUAUUUCGUUAAAUGUGUGUUUUAAAACUUGAAUAUAAUACAUUUUGCAACGAUUAAAAACAAUAUUAAAAUUUCACUUUGGAUAAACGAGCGGAAACUCCAUUCCUUUUUUAUAAAUGUUUUACUACAGCAUAUUGAAUUUACUACGCAUUUAAAGAAAUAAUGAAAUAAUUGAAAGAAACUGAGAGUUGCGAACAGUUUGAAAUUGGUGUUCUGUACGUUAUAAAUGAACGUGAACUAGAAACAUUUUCGAAACAAUCUCAGUCUUUUUUAACAAUAUAUUUCGGAAGAAGAUCACUGAAGCUAGAAAACUAUAUUGAAGUGUGUUUACAUCCCAUUUUGUUAUAACUUAGAAAAAAAUGUUUUAUUCAGACAUGGUUCCAGAAGAGGAUCAUUUUCCAAGAGCGAGACUUUAGAAACUGUUGCUGAAUCUCAUGAAAAAUCUGAUGAUUGAAAAAAAAGGGAAAACUAUCGCUGAGAAGUGCAUGAAGAAGAAAUGAAAAUACAAAAAACUUGUAGCUCCACUAAUGUAUUUAUAAAAGCUAUGAACAUAUUGUUAUUGAUUUCGAAUUGUUUUAGUAAACAAACUUUUAAAAUAAAGAUACACCUGA